CUGCGACGGGCUGUGUCAUAUCAAUGUGCCCUUCCAUCAAUAGUAGGAGGGUUUAAGCUGUCAUGAAUAGUCGUGCUUGCACUUCAAGCAAAUACAUUGUACUCCAGCCCCCAGCGCCCUUUAAAUCUCCUUGAACAGCCCAAGAAAUACAGAGUCCUUGGAAGUGCAUUAGUCCUGCACUUGUGGAUCUCAACAGUGGUCGUUUCGGGUACGAUUUUGAUCCGUCUGAGGAAUAAAAUCAAUUCUCAGAUUUGGUAAUAUGGCAGCUGAGAAUGGCUUCGGCGGCAAAAUAAAUGCAGAUGAAGCCACCACAUCAGAAAGCUAUCCAGAAGCAGAGAAAACCUCCAGCACGAAUGGUGAUCAGGAAGACUCAAAAAAGAGUAAAGGACAUGAGAAAACAAACACUAUUCCCUUUCGCAAACUGUUCUCAUUUGCUGAUUCCACUGAUAUUUUGAUGAUGAUCCUUGGCACAAUUGGUGCUAUUGGUAAUGGGAUAUGUAUGCCCCUUAUGACUGUCCUUUUCGGGGACUUGAUGGAUUCUUUUGGAGAUAAUCAGAAUAACCACGAAGUGGUUGAGGUGGUCUCCAAGGUCUCUCUAAAGUUUGUCUAUUUGGGAUUGGGAUCGGGUGUAGCAGCAUUCCUUCAGGUGGCUUGCUGGAUGGUCACAGGGGAGAGACAGGCAGCAAGAAUAAGGGGUUUGUAUCUGAAGACCAUUUUGAGACAAGAUGUUGCUUUUUUUGACAAGGAAACAAACACUGGAGAGGUUAUUGGGAGAAUGUCUGGCGACACUGUACUCAUACAAGAUGCAAUGGGUGAGAAGGUUGGGAAAUUUAUACAACUGGUUUCUACAUUCAUAGGAGGCUUUGUAAUAGCAUUUAUCAAAGGGUGGCUUCUAACCCUUGUCAUGUUAUCUUCUAUUCCUCUUCUCGUGGUGUCUGGUGCGGUCAUGUCCACCAUCAUUGCCAAGAUGGCAUCCGUUGGACAAAGUGCUUAUGCGAAAGCAGCAAAUGUAGUUGAACAGACAAUUGGUUCAAUCCGAACUGUUGCAUCGUUCACCGGUGAGAAGCAAGCUAUAAUUAAUUACAACAAAUUUCUUGUAAAAGCUUACAAAUCAGGGGUUCAUGAAGGCUUGGCUUCGGGAUUUGGUCUUGGCGUGGUUAUGUUAGUGGUGUUCUGCAGUUAUGCUUUGGCUAUAUGGUUUGGAGCAAAGAUGAUACUUGAAAAAGGAUAUAGUGGGGGCGCUGUGCUGACUGUGAUUAUUGCUGUGUUGACAGGGUCCAUGUCUCUAGGUCAGGCAUCUCCCUGCAUGAGUGCAUUUGCCGCUGGUCAAGCUGCAGCAUUUAAGAUGUUUGAAACUAUAGAGAGGAAGCCAGAGAUUGAUGCUUAUGACACAAAGGGAAGGACAUUAGAUGACAUUCGUGGAGAUAUAGAGUUAAGGGAUGUUUUCUUCAGUUACCCGAGCAGGCCUGAUGAGCAAAUAUUCAAUGGAUUCUCUCUUUGUAUCCCAAGUGGUACAACUGCAGCUUUGGUAGGUCAAAGUGGAAGUGGGAAGUCGACAGUGAUUAGUCUGAUAGAGAGGUUUUAUGAUCCUUUGGCUGGUGAAGUUCUUAUAGAUGGUAUUAACCUCAAAGAGUAUCAACUUAAAUGGAUUAGGGGGAAAAUUGGUCUCGUCAGCCAGGAACCUGUAUUAUUUGCAUCAAGCAUUAAGGAUAACAUAUCAUAUGGAAAGGAUGGUGCAACUAUCGAGGAGAUAAGAGCAGCAACUGAACUUGCAAAUGCUGCCAAGUUUAUUGAUAAAUUGCCGCAGGGACUAGAUACCAUGGUUGGUGAGCAUGGAACACAACUAUCUGGAGGACAAAAGCAGAGGAUUGCCAUUGCAAGAGCAAUUCUGAAAGACCCACGAAUCUUACUUCUCGAUGAAGCUACAAGUGCACUUGAUGCAGAAUCUGAGCGGAUCGUGCAAGAGGCAUUAGACCGGAUUAUGGUAAAUCGGACAACUGUAAUUGUUGCCCAUCGUUUGAGCACAGUAAGGAAUGCUGAUAUGAUUGCUGUCAUUCAUAGAGGAAAGAUGGUUGAAAAAGGCUCACACUCAGUACUAAUCAAUGAUCCUGAUGGAGCAUACUCUCAGCUCAUUCGCUUGCAAGAACUAAACAAAGAGUCAGAGCAAUCUGUAGAUGAUCAAAACAAGCAGGAAAUUACAGCAGAAUCUGCUAGACAGUCAAGUCAAAGAAUGUCAAUCCUACGAUCCAUAAGUCGAGGAUCAUCUGGAGUAGGAAAUAGCAGCCGCCACUCGUUCUCUGUAUCUGUUGGUCUUCCUACAGGAAUUAAUUUACCAGACAUUGCACUGGCAGAGAAACAAACCCCUCAACUACCUGCAGAAGAAUAUCCAAAUGUGUCACUCCGCCGCAUUGCCUACUUAAACAAGCCUGAGAUUCCGGUGCUUAUAAUUGGAGCUAUAGCUGCAGUCAUCAAUGGCACAAUACUUCCUAUUUUCGGUUUACUGAUUUCCAGCGUGAUUAAAACAUUUUAUGAACCACCUAACGAACUAAAAAAAGAUUCAAAAUUUUGGGCAAUAAUGUUUAUGAUCCUUGGUCUAGCAUCAUUUCUGGUGAUUCCAGCUCGGUCAUACUUCUUUGCUGUGGCUGGGUGUAAACUAAUCCAACGUAUUAGAGUAAUCUGCUUUGAGAAGGUGGUUCACAUGGAGGUUGGUUGGUUCGAUGAGCCCGAGCACUCAAGUGGUGCAAUUGGUGCAAGGCUCUCAGCAGAUGCAGCAUCAGUUCGUGCCUUAGUUGGGGAUGCACUUGGUCAAGUGGUGGAAAAUGCUGCUGCUGCUGUUGCUGGGUUGGUCAUUGCUUUUGUUGCGAGCUGGCAGUUAGCUUUUAUUAUCCUUGUAUUGAUCCCUCUGAUUGGACUCAAUGGGUAUGUUCAAGUGAAGUUUAUGAAAGGAUUCAGUGCAGAUGCAAAGAUGAAGUAUGAGGAAGCAAGCCAAGUCGCUAAUGAUGCAGUCGGAAGUAUAAGAACAGUUGCUUCAUUCUGUGCAGAAGAGAAGGUGAUGCAACUAUACAGAAAGAAAUGCGAAGGCCCAAUGAAGACAGGAAUAAGGCUAGGCCUCAUAAGUGGAUUAGGAUUUGGGAUGUCUUUCCUUUUAUUGUUUUGUGUCUAUGCAACCAGUUUCUAUGCAGGAGCUCGACUUGUUGAUGACGGAAAAGCAACAUUCUCGGAUGUUUUCCGGGUUUUCUUUGCCUUAACCAUGGCAGCGAUUGGAAUUUCUCAGUCAAGCUCCUUUGCUCCCGAUUCUAGUAAAGCAAAGACUGCUGCUGCUUCCAUAUUCGGGAUAAUUGAUCGGAAGUCAAAGAUAGACCCAAGUGAGGAGUCAGGCAUGAAAUUGGAUGAUGUUAAGGGUGACAUUGAGCUUCGUCAUUUAAGCUUUAAGUAUCCAUCUAGGCCAGAUAUUCAGAUCCUCCGAGACCUCAGCUUGGCUAUUCAUUCUGGCAAGACUGUUGCCCUGGUUGGAGAAAGUGGUAGUGGAAAAUCCACAGUGAUAUCGCUUUUGCAAAGGUUUUAUGAUCCUGAUUCGGGUCAUAUUACAUUGGAUGGAAUUGAGAUUCAAAAGUUCCAACUGAAGUGGUUGAGGCAGCAGAUGGGGCUUGUGAGCCAGGAACCAAUUCUGUUCAAUGACUCUAUCCAUGCCAACAUUGCAUAUGGAAAGGAAGGAAAUGCAACUGAGGCAGAAAUUAUAGCUGCAUCAGAGUUGGCCAAUGCCCACAAGUUCAUUAGUAGCUUACAACAGGGUUAUGAUACCAUGGUAGGAGAGCGAGGAGUUCAAUUGUCUGGCGGGCAGAAGCAACGAGUUGCUAUUGCACGUGCUAUUAUUAAAAGCCCAAGGAUUUUACUAUUAGAUGAGGCAACUAGCGCGCUAGAUGCUGAGUCUGAAAAAGUGGUUCAAGAUGCACUAGACCGAGUCAUGGUUAACCGGACUACAAUUGUGGUGGCUCAUCGGUUAUCCACAAUCAAGAAUGCCGAUUUAAUUGCAGUUGUUAAAAAUGGAGUAAUUGUGGAGAAAGGAAAGCAUGAUACCUUGAUUAAGAUCAAGGAUGGAUUUUAUGCCUCCUUAGUAGCACUUCACAGCAGUGCUUCAACUGCAUGAGCUUUCCUCCCUUCUGUAAUUGUUCCUGUUUUAUGCAUGUGCUGGUUGCUCUCU